UUUAAAAACCCAUCCCACGAACGGCAUUCAAUGCACGCCGCCUGACGUCACGACGCACGCGAGGUCUCACCGCGGCGCAGGUGAUGAGAGCGAACACGGUGGGUGGGUGACCGCUUUCGUAUGCCUCCCAAAUGAAGACCACCAGCAGCAGCAACAACAACAGCAACAACAGCAGCACCACCACCACCACGAUUGUGCUGCUGGUGCUGUUGGGCAGCGCGUCCUGUUUGGACGUUCAAGGUCUGCCGGCGCCACGCAACUUUCGCGUGACCUCUGUGGAUCUCAACUGCUUUGCCGAGUGGUCACCUGACCCCAGCGCGACCCGCGAUGUGACCUACAGACUGCAGUAUAAAAGCUACUGGAUUAAGGACGACAACAAGUGGAAGAACAUCUCUUGCCCAGACGCGCGUCGCAGCGAGUGCGAUUUCACGGCGAGCUGCCAGCCGUCGUCCAACCACACCCUCCGCGUGCGCGCUGAGGCGCCGGGUGCCGCGUCCGAGUGGGCGCACGCCUGUUGCUUCCAGCCGCUCUUGUCCACAAGGCUGACGGCGCCGUCCACCUCUGUCAUCGUUUCCGGACUGAAGUUUUACGUUAAAGUGGAAAAUCUGAAAGUGAGAAAUGGGAGCGAUUUCCUCGAGAACGUUUACAGCGACCGGCAGUGGUUUCUGAAUUACACCGAAGAAGCAAACGGCCACGUGCAAGAACGUUUUCUGGUCACACAGAACCACCACAAAUUCACCGUGCCACACGCGGGCAACUACUGCCUGCGUUCUCAAUUCUACAUUCCGGACUUCUACCUCUAUGGAGACCAGAGCGCCGUGGCAUGCUACAUCGCCCACGGCACGCCACCGGACUCUCUGAACCUGCCUGUGGUUGUCACCAUCGCCCUGCUGAGCGUUCUGAUCGUCGGCCCCUUGGCAGCCAUGGGCUGGUUCUAUCGGCAGAAGCUCAAGACCCUCGUAUCUCCUACAGAUCCUCCUCCACCCGCCAUCUUGCAGAGGCUGGAGGAAGAGUCAAAAACACAGCACGAGUGCAAUAAACUGUGGCUAUCGAAGAGCCGUGCCUGGGAGGGCAGCAGCUCUCACUGCAUCGUCGAAGACGAUGCAUCCAACGACGACAAUUGCAUGCAGCCACGUCCGUUGGGCAAUUCGGGCCUCCAGAGCGGCAGCGAGUGUCGCAUGUCGGUGCAGCCGGCACGCGAUGGUUCAAGCAGCAGCCCCCUUUCCAGAUACGACGCGCAAGUCGAUGCCACACUGCAGAGGGCUACCUUCACACCCGUGCGCCGCUCCACGUCUGACCGCUCAGACUGUAGUCCAGCAGAAAGUCUCAUGGCAGAUGUCUGGCCGGAUAACGGCCAGGGUGCCGAUGUACCGUUUUACAUGCCGCAUCAAAUGCACAACUUGCCGUGCACAGAAGGUUCAAAAUCGAUGGUCAGCACGGCCAGCUCGGGGUUAGACUUCCCGUAUUCGUGCGUUGAUCUGAGCACUGUCACUGGUGAUUUCAGGCAACAUUCUAAAUCGGACGACGUUCUGUCUGUUAAUUUGGAGUCAAGAUUCGCCGGGGGUAAUUUAACCCGGCGAAACUCCAAACCGGAUUGUUCAAUGUAUGGUUCACAGAUUGUUAUUUUAAUGGAGCCAGCCAGUCAAUGUGGCACAGGGUACAGGAAAACGUGGAUUGUACCCAAGAUGUCGAUGAAUGGGGGUAAUUUAACAUAGCUGUAUUUCAGGGUUUUGUUAUUUGGAGGCCUUGAAAGUAUUCGCAGGGAAAGUGCUGCAUUAAUUAUAUACCCUCGUUAGAUGUUUGUUUUGUGUUCCACGUUUUAUUUGUUUUUAUACGACAGAGUUGCAGGUCAGCUUUUUGAAAAUUGUGAAAACAAUGUAGCAUUCGUGGUGAGAUACAUAUUGUAGCAGUGGGCAUACAUUAAUCCCACCCGCCGCCCCCAGCAUAAACCAUCAUGUAAACUCCAGUCAUCCUCGCAUUGGCGGCUUUGGGCUAACCAUCACACACAAAGAUGGUCACCGCAUUGCGCACUUU